GUAAUAAUGUUGCAGACAAUUGGGGAAAUGUAUGGACACAACCGAAGUGGCACCUCAGAGUUCCUACUCCUCGGGAUCUCAGAGAAUCCUGAAGAGCAGCAGGUUCUAUUUUGGAUGUUCCUGUCCAUGUACCUGGUCACAGUGGUGGGAAACGUGCUCAUCAUCCUGGCCAUCAGCUCUGACCCCCGCCUACACACUCCAAUGUACUUCUUCUUGGCCAACCUCUCCUUCACCGACCUCUGCUUUGUCACCAACACAAUCCCCAAAGCAUUGGUGAAUCUUCAGUCCCAGAACAAAGCAAUCUCCUAUGCAGGGUGUCUGACACAGCUCUACUUCCUAGUCUGCUUGGUGACCCUGGACAACUUCAUCCUGGCUGUGAUGGCAUAUGACCGCUAUGUGGCCAUCUGCCAACCCCUGCACUAUGUCACAGUCAUGAGCCCUGAGCGCUGUAUGCUGCUCCUUUCCUUGUGCUGGGUACUUUCUGCUCUCUAUGGCCUCACCCUCACUCUCCUCAUGAUCACAGUGACCUUUUGUGGAUCCCCAAAGAUCCACUACAUCUUCUGUGAGAUGUAUGUUCUGCUGAGGCUCGCAUGUUCUAACACUCAGGUCAUUCACACAGUGCUAAUUACCACAGGCUGCUUCAUCUUCUUCACUCCCUUAGGGAUCAUGAUCAUGUCCUAUGUCUGGAUUGUGAGAACCAUUCUCCGAAUACCUUCAAAUUCUAACAAAUAUAAAGCUUUUUCCACCUGUGCCUCCCAUUUGGCUGUGGUCUCCCUCUUCUACGGGACACUUGCUAUGGUAUAUCUGCAGCCCCUCCAAACCUACUCCAUGAAGGACUCCAUAGCUACAGUGAUGUAUGCUGUGGUGACCCCCAUGAUGAACCCCUUCAUCUACAGCCUGAGGAACAAGGACAUGCAUAGGGCUCUGGGAAGACUCCUCCUAGGGAAAGUCUUUCAGAAGUUAACAUGA